AUGGAAAAGGAAGAAUCGUCAAAAGUUGAUAAAAGAUUUAAAUUCUUUGAGAACUUCGUUUUGAGGUGUUUUCAAGUGAAACCUGACUGCUGGCAACGAUGUCUUGUCAUAGAGGAGCAAAGACAAAUCAUUCAAGAUUUUAUGGAUAAAUCUGAACACACGACUCUUUUUGUGUCGUUAAAUUCCUCCGGACAGCUCAUCCCUGCUUUCGGAUUUGUAGAAACUGGGAAAAACAAAUCGCUGUAUUUUAAGAAGAAAAGCAAAAAAACCCUGUCCUUAAAUACAAUGGCAACACAAAUACUUUUCGGAGAAGUGUCCUCUUUGGAGCAGUUUUCAAAGCUCAUAGAAGAGGGUGUGGUACCGAUGCUGUCCAGUAAGAGGAACCACAAUGAAUUGCCUCAGUUUGUUUCUCAGGACCUCAUGCGACAUGUCCAUGCUGUUAAAAACAAUGCGUUGAAAAUUGCUGGACAAAUCAAAGGCAAAACCCUCCUUCCUAUACCUCCUGGAUCUGAGAGAUUUGAGCAAGCAGCUAAUGAAAGAGAAAAGAGUGGGCAUUAUGUGGAUAAAAACCUCAUUCAUUCUAUGGAGACUGUUGUGAUCGAUUGGAGUCAUCAGAUCUACAAGGUCCUGAAGAAGGACUCUUCUGAGCCACUACUUGAAGGCAAAAACCCAACUCCACAUGUUGAGAUAAACUUUUGGAAAAACAGAUAUGCUGAUCUUCAGGGCAUACACAGCCAGUUCCAGUCACCCAAACUGGUGACAAUGGCUGAGCUUUUGGUUGCUGUGGACAGCAGUUAUUACCCUGCUUUUGAAAAAAUGCUUCAGGAUAUUGUUGAAGCUCGAAAUGAGGCAAUGGAUAUCAACACCUUCCUCAAGCCAAUAGAGAGACUCAUUGAAGACUUGGAGAAUGUAGACUUCAGUGAGGUAAAGGGGAAGAUUGCUCCCCUUAUGCACACUGUGUGUCUGAUUUGGGUGAACUCCCAAUACUACAACACCCCACCCAGAGUCAUAGUGCUUUUACAGGAGAUCUGCAACCUCUUCAUCCAGCAGGCUCGGAGUUAUCUGAACCCAGAAGAUAUCCUAAAAGGUGAUGUGGUGGAGAGUCUCUUACGAGUGCAAUUUGCUAUUGACGUACUUACACAUUUCAAGAGCACGUAUGAGGACCGAAGGGCCAGCCUGAGUCAGUACCAAAAGAAUGAGAAGGAGGUUAAGCCCUGGGAUUUCUCACCAUUGAUGGUGUUUGUUGGGCUCGAUAACUUUAUGAAGAGACUAAGAACAAUAGAAAGCCUACUGCUGACUGUUGUUGAUAUGAUGAAGUUGGAGAAGGUCGAGUUUGGAGGCAUUCAAGGGAAAUCUGUCAGUCAGCAAGUCCAGUGGAUACAUGACGAGUUCUUUGAGACAUACAAAAUAUUCUCAGAGAAGCCAUAUGACUGCCUUAAUCUUAGUAAUUUGGAGUUUGAGGUAGAUUUCAUGGAGUUCCAGCUCAAGGUGGAGGAUGCUGAUCUGCGCUUGGGUGCCAUCUUUUGUCAUGCUUUCGAUGAUGCUGCUGGUUUGGAGCAUGCAUUCAAGGUUUUGGACAUGUUUGGCAGUCUGUUGGAACGACCCCUGAUAGCUGCAGAUGCUCAGGCGAGAUAUCCGAUGCUAAUCAGAAUGUUUGACAAGGAACUGGACUGUUGCAAAACACUCUUUAAAAUACACAUGCAGACAGAGGAAACCCAAGGUUACACACCUGUCCCCAAGAAUAUGCCUGUUGUUGCCGGAGGUCUGAAAUUUGUCCAGCAAUUACAGGAACGCAUACAGACUCUCUACAAUAACUUCAGAUUCAUCAACCACCCAUGUAUGGAGUCUGUGGAUGGAAAGGAAAUGAUCCAGAAAUACAACGAGAUGAUGCAGCUACUCAAACGAUAUUCUUCUAAACUGUAUGAUGUCUGGACAGACUCUGUGGCUGAAAAGUCACAAUUUAAUCUCCAAAAGCCAUUGAUAUCCCGAGACACAAGCACAAGACUCAUCUCUGUCAAUUUCAGCCCACAGCUGGUGUCAGUGCUGCGAGAGGUGAAGUAUCUGGAGGCUAGACAGGCUGAGGUCAUACCAGAUGUGGCUGCAGACAUUUAUUCUAACAGGGAGCUGCUAUGGCAAUAUGUGGCUAAUCUGGAACUAACAGCCAGCUGGUAUAACAAAGUAAUGGGCACUGUGCUAGAUGUAGAGUUCCCACUGAUCCAGAAUCAACUGAGAGAUAUUGAUGCCAAGCUCAAAGAGGCUGAGGGGAACCUCUGCUGGACAAGCCAAGGAAUUUGGGAAUACAUCCAAGACAUACGUGAGGCAAUACAUGACUUGGAGCAAUGCCUACAGCGGACUAAGGACAAUGUGGAGGAGAUACAGACCAUCAUGAAGAGCUGGGCUACACCUAUCUUUGAAAGGAAAGAGGGCAAGAAAGAUGCUCUCUUAAACCUGGAGGACAAGACAGAGCGUCUGGAGAGAAUUUAUGGCCAGAUCCGUGCCUCAGGGGACAAGAUUCAUCUGUUACUGAAAGACAACUUGUCACUUUUCAAAGCAGACUCUUCGUCUGCACUGUGGAGAAUUUACGUAGAUUACAUUGAUGAAAUGGUCAUCGAUGGUUACUUUAACGGUAUUGAGAGCUCCCUCAAGUUCUUCCUGGAAAACACAGACCAGAGACCUGGAUUAGCCCCUCUAUUUGAGGUCCAGCUAGACCUGCAGGUUCCUGAGAUUGUGUUCCAUCCAUCUUUGGAGUUUGGUGCUUCCAAUGGCUUCUAUGAUCUGGUGGAGAGCCUAAUAAAUGGUGUCUUUAGGAUCUCUGCUCUUGUGCCACGAUUAUCUGAGCACAUUGGUUUCCCGCACUACCAGGCUGAUAUGGAGGACAUGGCAGACUUGGCAGAUAUGCGGCAGCUUGUUAUGGAGCGUGUGGAGAGAAUCAUGAGAAGGUGCUGUGAGUACCGUAGUACCUUCGAGCGUUAUGCCUACCUCUACGUGGAUGACAGAAAGGAGUUAAUGCGUCAGUUCUUGCUUUACGGUCACGUUCUCACAAGCGAAGAGAUCGAGGCCCACGCAGAACAUGGGGUUCCAGAAAACCCUCCGACUCUCGACCGUUUCCGGGAGCAAGUGGACUCAUAUGAGAGUUUAUAUGAGGAAGUGCAGCGGUUGGAGCCCAUCCAAGUGUUUGAAGGCUGGAUGAGGGUGGAUGCAUGUGCCUUUAAAAGUGCCCUGCUCAAUAUUAUCAAGAAGUGGAGCCUGAUGUUCAAACAACAUCUUAUUGAUCAUGUUACACACAGUUUGUCUGACCUGGAGGAGUUUGUCAGAGUGAAUGAGAGUGGUCUUAGUAAGAAAGUGGAGGAGGGUGACUACAAUGGUCUAGUGGAGAUCAUGGGUCACCUAAUGGCAGCAAAAGAACGGCAGAGCAUUACAGAUGAGAUGUUUGAACCUCUGCAGCAGACCAUUGAUCUGCUGAAGAGUUAUGAACAGGAACUCCCAGAGGUAGUUUACAAACAGUUAAAGGAGCUCCCAGAGAAAUGGAAUAACUUGAAAAAGCAGGCUGUAGUGGUGAAGCAGCAGGUUGCCCCACUUCAGGCUAUCGAGGUGGCUAACUUGCGCAGGAAAUGCACAACCUUUGAUGUGGAUCAGCAUAACUUUAGGGAGCAGUUCCGCAAGAAUGGGUUUUUCAGAUUUGACUGUGUGAAUCCACAUCAGAUGAUGGACAUAGCACAAAAGCAAAUUCUGGAGAAGGAGACUGCAAUGGCGGGGCUUACUGAGUCAGCCAACCUUUUUGAAGUCAACAUACCAGACUAUAAACAGCUCAAGCAGUGCAGAAAGGAGCUGCCCAUUCUCAAGGAAUUGUGGGAUAUGACCUCACUUGUCCAAUUCAGUUUAGAUUUCUGGCAGACCACUCCUUGGAGAGAUGUAAACGUGGAUGACAUGGACAUGGAGUGCAAGCGUUUCUCUAAAGAGCUUCGUGCACUGGAUAAAGAAGCUCGUUCAUGGGAUGCCUUCAUCGGGCUGGACAGUACCGUGAAGAACACACUUACCUCUCUUAGAGCGGUUGCCGAGCUUCAAAACCCAGCCAUCCGUCCACGCCAUUGGCAGCAGCUAAUGAAUGCUACUGGCGUGUCCUUCACCAUGGACAAAGAUACCACUCUGGUUGACCUUCUUCGCCUCAACUUGCAUCACUUUGAGGAUGAGGUCAGGAGCAUCGUUGACCGGGCUGUGAAGGAGAUGGGCAUGGAGAAGGUGCUUAAUGAGUUGGAUGCCACCUGGACAAAUAUGACAUUUGGCUAUGAGGCUCAUCCACGCACAAAUGUUCCUCUGUUGAAGUCAGAUGAAGAACUAAUUGAAACGCUGGAGGACAACCAGGUGCAGCUGCAAAACCUCAUGUCAUCUAAGUACAUUGCAUUCUUCCUGGAGGAAGUAUCCACAUGGCAGCGAAAGCUCUCGGUGGCUGACUCUGUGAUCUCUAUCUGGUUUGAAGUGCAGAGGACCUGGUCUCACCUGGAGAGCAUCUUUAUAGGUUCUGAGGACAUUCGCUCUCAGUUACCAGAGGAUUCCAACCGCUUUCAAGGCAUCGAUACUGAUUUCAAAGAACUGGCAUGUGAUGCUAAUAAAACACCUAAUGUUGUGGAGGCCACAAACAAACCUGGGCUCUAUAGCAAAUUAGAGGACAUUCAGAGCAGACUGGCCCUUUGUGAAAAAGCCUUGGCUGAAUAUCUGGACACCAAGCGCCUGGCCUUUCCGCGUUUUUACUUUAUCUCCUCAGCUGACCUUCUGGAUAUCCUGUCCAAUGGUACUGAUCCCCACCAGGUUCAGAGGCAUCUGUCAAAGUUGUUUGACAAUACAGCAAAGAUGAAGUUUGAAACAGAUGGGGAAGGCAACCCCACAAAGACAGGGCUUGGCAUGUUCAGUAAAGAGGACGAGUAUGUUCCUUUCAGUGAGCCUUGUGACUGUACUGGACAGGUUGAAGUGUGGCUGAAUCGUGUUCUGGACAUAAUGCGUGCCACUGUACGUCAUGAGAUGACAGAGGCGGUCACCGCUUAUGAAGAGAAGCCCAGAGAACAGUGGCUGUUUGACUACCCCGCUCAGGUCGCCCUAACCUGCACCCAGAUCUGGUGGUCAACGGAUGUAGGUAUGGCAUUCUUGAGAUUGGAGGAGGGAUAUGAGAAUGCAAUGAAGGAAUACUAUAAAAAACAAGUGAGUCAGUUAAACACCCUCAUCACCAUGCUGAUUGGCCAACUCACCCCUGGAGACAGGCAGAAAGUCAUGACCAUCUGUACCAUUGACGUCCAUGCGAGAGAUGUGGUGGCCAAAGUAAUUGCUCAAAAGGUGGAGAACUCUCAGGCCUUUCUUUGGCUGUCUCAACUCCGCCACCGCUGGGACGAGAGAGAGAAGCACUGCUUUGCAAACAUCUGUGACGCCCAGUUCCUCUAUUCAUAUGAGUAUCUGGGUAAUACACCACGAUUAGUCAUCACGCCACUCACAGACAGAUGUUACAUCACCCUGACCCAGUCACUGCAUCUCGUCAUGAGCGGAGCCCCAGCUGGUCCGGCUGGCACUGGGAAAACUGAGACCACCAAGGACCUGGGCCGAGCCCUCGGCAUUAUGGUCUACGUUUUCAACUGCUCGGAGCAGAUGGACUACAAGUCUUGUGGCAACAUCUACAAAGGCCUGGCACAAACAGGAGCCUGGGGCUGCUUUGACGAGUUUAACAGGAUAUCUGUGGAGGUGCUUUCUGUGGUGGCUGUGCAGGUCAAAAGUAUUCAAGAUGCUAUUCGAGACAAGAAGAAGAGGUUUAACUUCAUGGGCGAGGAUGUAAACCUGGUCCCUUCAGUGGGCAUCUUUAUCACUAUGAACCCCGGCUACGCAGGCAGGACUGAGCUACCGGAAAACCUCAAGGCUCUCUUUAGGCCAUGCGCGAUGGUGGUGCCAGACUUUGAGCUCAUCUGUGAGAUCAUGUUGGUAGCCGAGGGCUUCAUCGAGGCUCGACUUUUGGCCAGGAAGUUCAUCACUCUCUAUCAGCUCUGCAAGGAGUUGCUCUCUAAACAGGAUCACUAUGACUGGGGACUGCGGGCCAUUAAAUCAGUACUAGUGGUGGCUGGUUCUCUGAAGAGAGGGGACCCGGACAGACCGGAGGACCAGGUGCUGAUGAGAGCCCUUAGAGACUUCAAUGUCCCCAAGAUCGUGACCGAUGACAUGCCUGUCUUUAUGGGCCUCAUUGUGGACCUCUUCCCGGCUCUAGACGUGCCCCGCAAAAGGGACAUGGACUUUGAGAAAUUUGUUAAGCAGUCUGUGUUGGACCUCAAACUGCAGGCAGAGGACAACUUUGUGUUAAAGGUGGUUCAGCUGGAGGAGCUGUUGGCAGUUCGUCACUCUGUGUUCAUUGUGGGCAACGCCGGCACGGGCAAAUCUCAGGUCCUCAAAUCUCUCUAUAAGACAUAUCAGAACAUGAAGCGUAGGCCUGUAUGGGCUGAUCUCAACCCUAAAGCAGUCACCAACGAUGAGCUGUUCGGCAUUAUAAAUCCAGCCACGCGCGAGUGGAAAGACGGGCUGUUUUCUAAUAUCAUGCGUGAGCUGGCCAACAUCAGUCACAGCGGGCCCAAGUGGAUUGUCCUGGAUGGCGAUAUUGAUCCAAUGUGGAUUGAGUCACUGAACACAGUAAUGGAUGAUAACAAGGUGCUGACUCUGGCAAGUAAUGAGAGGAUUCCUCUGAACCCGACCAUGAGGCUGGUGUUUGAGAUUAGCCACCUACGCACUGCCACUCCAGCAACUGUCUCCAGAGCUGGCAUUUUGUACAUCAACCCUGCCGAUUUAGGCUGGAAUCCACCUGUGUCGAGCUGGAUUGACAGGAGAGAAGUCCAAUCGGAGAAGGCCAAUCUGACCAUUUUGUUUGACAAGUACCUCCCACCAUGCCUUGAUACUCUCAGGUCAAGAUUCAAGAAAAUCAUCCCAGUUCCUGAGCAGAGUAUGGUCCAGAUGCUCUGCUACCUCCUAGAGUGUCUUCUUAUCCCAGAACACACUCCUCCAGACUGCCAUAAAGAUCUGUACGAGCUCUACUUUGUCUUUGCAGCUGUUUGGGCCUUUGGAGGGACCAUGUUCCAGGAUCAGCUCGUGGAUUACAGGAUGGAAUUUAGCAAGUGGUGGGUGACGGAGUUCAAAACCGUAAAGUUCCCACCUCAAGGCACUGUGUUUGAUUACUACAUCGAUCCCGAGACUAAAAAAUUUGAGCCGUGGUCAAAAAUGGUUCCGAAAUUUGACAUGGAUCCAGACAUUCCUCUCCAGGCCUGCCUUGUCCACACUACAGAGACCAUCCGUGUGCGCUAUUUCAUGGACCGUCUGUUGGAGAGGAGGCAACCAGUCAUGCUGGUGGGCAAUGCUGGCACCGGAAAGUCUGUUCUAGUGGGAGACAAGCUCAGUUCCUUGGACCCUGAGAAAUACACCAUCAAAAAUGUCCCCUUUAACUACUACACUACCUCAGCCAUGUUACAGGCUGUUUUAGAGAAACCUUUAGAGAAGAAGGCAGGGAGGAACUACGGCCCACCCGGCAGCAAGAGGCUCAUCUACUUCAUUGAUGACAUGAACAUGCCAGAGGUGGACGCGUACGGCACUGUUCAGCCUCACACCCUGAUCCGUCAACACAUGGACUACAACCACUGGUAUGACAGGAGCAAGCUGCAGUUGAAGGAGAUCCACAAUGUGCAGUACGUGUCCUGCAUGAACCCCACUGCAGGCAGCUUUACCAUCAACCCCCGACUACAGAGGCAUUUCUCCGUGUUUGCUCUCUCCUUCCCUGGAGUGGACGCCCUAAACACGAUCUACUGCAGCAUCUUAAGUCAACACCUCUGUGGUGAAGGAUUCGCUCCAGUUCUGCAGAAGAGCUGCUCACAGCUGGUCCAACUGGCCCUAGCAUUCCAUCAACGAGUGACUGCCACAUUCCUCCCAACAGCCAUCAAAUUCCACUACAUCUUCAAUCUCCGGGACCUCUCCAACAUAUUCCAGGGCAUACUUUUUUGCAACAGCGAGUGUUUGCGGACUCCUCAGGACCUGGUUAAGAUCUACCUUCAUGAGUCCAACCGAGUUUACCGUGACAAGAUGGUGGAGGACAAAGAUUUUGCCAUCUUUGACAAGCUACAGUUAGACAUGGUGAAAAAGUUCUACGAGGAUAUGGAGGAGGCCCUGGAGGAGACCAAGGCAAUGAAUAUGUACUGCCAUUUCGCCACGGGCAUUGGCGAGCCCAAAUACAUGGAAGUACAGUCUUGGGGUAGCCUGAACCAGACCCUGCUGGAAGCACUUGACAGUUACAACGAAGUCAAUGCAGCUCUGAACCUCGUUCUCUUCGAGGAUGCCAUGUCUCAUAUUUGCCGUAUCAAUCGGAUCCUGGAGUCUCCCAGGGGCAAUGCUCUGCUGGUUGGAGUGGGAGGAAGUGGGAAGCAGAGCCUGACGAGGCUGGCAGCGUUCAUCAGUUCCCUGGAGGUCUUUCAGAUCACACUGAAGAAAGGAUACUCCAUCCCUGAUCUGAAGAGCGAUUUGGGCGCAUUGUACAUCAAAGCUGGCGUGAAGAAUAUUGGCACAGUGCUUCUCAUGACAGAUGCCCAGGUCGCAGAUGAGAAGUUCCUAGUGUUGGUGAACGACCUUUUAGCAUCUGGUGAAAUCCCAGACCUGUUCCCUGAUGACGAGGUGGAGAACAUCAUCGGUUCUUUAAGGAAUGAAGUGCGUGGCAUGGGCCUGAUGGACACCAGGGAAAACUGCUGGAAGUUCUUUAUCGACCGCGUCCGUAGGCAACUCAAAGUGGCCCUCUGUUUCUCUCCCGUGGGCAGCAAGCUCAGGGUGCGCAGUAGAAAGUUUCCAGCAGUGGUCAACUGCACUGCCAUCGACUGGUUCCACGAGUGGCCACAGGAGGCGCUAGAGUCAGUCAGUCUGAGGUUUUUACAGGAAGUCGAGUACAUCGAGCCAGAGGUAAAGGACUCGGUGAGUAAAUUCAUGGCCUAUGUACAUGUAAGCGUGAACAAGACCUCAAGGGACUACCUUGCCAACGAGAGGCGAUAUAACUACACUACGCCCAAGUCCUUCCUGGAGCAAAUCAAGCUAUAUCGCAGCUUACUGGCUCUUAAGAGAAAGGAUCUCACCACUAAGAUGGAACGGCUGGAAAAUGGCUUGGAGAAGCUUAACAGUACCACUGAACAGGUGGACGACCUGAAGGCCAAACUAGCGGCACAGGAAGUGGACUUACAGCUGAAGAAUGAGAAUGCGGACAAACUGAUCCAGGUGGUGGGGGUGGAGACGGAGAAGGUGGCCCGGGAAAAGGCCGUGGCUGAUGAAGAGGAGCAGAAGGUGGCUUGCAUCGCUGAGGAGGUGACCAGAAAACAACGAGACUGUGAAGAGGACCUGGCUAAAGCUGAACCUGCACUCAUAGCAGCUCAAGAGGCUUUGAACACUCUCAACAAGAACAACCUGACAGAAUUGAAGUCUUUUGGCAGCCCCGUAGUUGCUGUAACCAACGUAACAGCCGCUGUCAUGGUGCUCACAGCCCCUGGGGGUCGAGUACCAAAGGACCGCAGCUGGAAGGCUGCAAAGGUGAUGAUGGCCAAGGUCGACGCCUUCCUAGAUGCCUUAAUAAAUUUCAAAAAAGAAAACAUUCAUGAGAACUGUCUUAAAGCCAUCCGGCCUUACCUGGAAGACCCAGAAUUUAAGCCUGAGUUGAUAGCAGCGAAGUCAAACGCUGCGGCAGGCCUCUGCUCCUGGGUCGUCAACAUUGUAAGGUUUUACGAGGUUUACUGUGAGGUAGAGCCCAAGAGACAAGCCCUGAACAAGGCCAACGCAGAACUCGCCGCUGCACAGGAGAAACUUGCCGUCAUCAAAGCAAAAAUCAAUCACCUUAAUGAGAACUUGGCAAAGCUGACGGCAAAGUUUGAGAAAGCCACAGCAGACAAGAUGAAGUGCCAACAGGAGGCUGAGACCACAGCACGCACCAUCACUCUUGCCAACCGUCUAGUUGGAGGCCUUGCUUCUGAGAAAGUGCGGUGGGCUGUAGCAGUGAAUAACUUCAAGCAUCAGGAGAGGACUCUGUGUGGGGAUGUGCUCCUCAUCACAGCAUUUGUUUCUUAUCUGGGCUAUUUCACAAAACGUUACCGCCUUGAGCUGAUGGACAACACCUGGAGGCCCUACCUCAGUCAACUCAAGGUGCCAAUCCCGGUGACUCCAGGCCUGGACCCCCUGAACAUGCUGACAGAUGAUGCUGAUAUUGCAGCCUGGCAGAAUGAGGGGCUGCCAGCAGACAGAAUGUCAACCGAGAACGCCACCAUCCUCACCAGCUGCGAGCGAUGGCCACUAAUGGUGGAUCCCCAGCUCCAGGGAAUAAAAUGGAUAAAAAACAAAUACGGAGAUAACCUCCGUAUCAUCAGGAUCGGGCAGAGAGGAUAUCUGGACUCCAUUGAGAGAGCAUUAUCUGUAGGUGAAGUCGUCCUCAUUGAGAAUUUAGAAGAGUCUGUUGAUCCGGUUCUCAGUCCGCUACUUGGUCGUGAAACAAUAAAGAAAGGAUGCUACAUAAAGAUUGGAGACAAGGAGUGCGAGUACAACCCCAGUUUUCGUCUGAUCCUUCACACCAAGCUGGCAAACCCUCACUACCAACCUGAGCUUCAGGCUCAGUGCACACUGGUCAACUUCACAGUGACCCGGGAUGGCCUGGAGGACCAACUCCUGGCGGCCGUGGUCAGCAUGGAAAGACCUGAUUUGGAGGAGCUCAAGUCGAACCUUACAAAGCAGCAGAACGGCUUCAAAAUCACUUUGAAAACUCUGGAGGACAACCUACUCUCGCGCCUGUCUUCUGCUUCUGGAAAUUUCCUUGGAGACAUAGAACUGGUGGAGAACUUGGAAAUAACCAAACGAACAGCAGCGGAUAUUGAAGACAAGGUGAAGGAAGCCAAGGUGACGGAGUCAGAAAUCAAUGAUGCGAGAGAACACUACCGUCUGGCGGCGGCCCGAGCUUCGCUUCUGUACUUUAUCAUGAACGACCUUAAUAAAAUCCACCCCAUGUACCAGUUCUCUCUCAAGGCGUUCAACGUUGUGUUUCAAAAUGCUGUACUAAAGGCUGCCCCAGAUGAGACCUUGAAACAACGGGUCUUGAAUCUGAUUGACAACAUCACAGUCUCUGUGUUCCAGUACACCACCCGUGGGCUCUUUGAGUGUGACAAACUCACCUACACCGCCCAGCUUGCCUUUCAAAUCUUGCUCAUGAAUAAAGAGAUUAAUCCCAGUGAGCUAGACUUUCUGUUGAGGUACCCGGUCCAACCUGGAGUGACCUCACCUGUGGACUUUCUGUCAAAUCAUUCCUGGGGAGGAAUUAAAUCUCUCUCUGCGAUGGAGGAGUUCCAUAACCUUGACAGGGACAUUGAGGGUUCAGCUAAUCGUUGGAAGAAGUUUGCAGAGUCCGAGUGUCCUGAGAAAGAGAAGUUCCCUCAGGAGUGGAAGAAUAAAACAGCCCUGCAAAGACUGUGCAUGAUGAGAGCGCUCCGUCCUGAUAGAAUGAACUAUGCUGUGAGAGAUUUUGUGGAAGAGAAGCUGGGCAGUAAAUAUGUGAUGGGACGCUCGGUGGACUUUGCCGUCUCUUUUGAAGAAUCUGGAGCCGCCACUCCCAUGUUUUUCAUCCUGUCUCCCGGUGUAGACCCCCUAAAGGAUGUGGAAAAACAUGGACGGAAACUGGGAUACACAUUUGACAACAAAAAUUUCCACAACGUUUCUCUGGGCCAGGGCCAGGAAGUGGUAGCAGAAAAAACUCUGGAUUUGGCUGCAAAAGAAGGACAUUGGGUCAUUUUACAGAAUAUCCACUUGGUAGCUAAAUGGCUGGGAACUCUGGAGAAGAAACUUGAACAGCAUGGGGAGGGCAGCCACCAGAACUUCAGGGUUUUCAUCAGUGCAGAACCCUCCUCCUCGCCUGAGGGUCACAUCAUUCCACAGGGCAUCCUGGAGAACUCCAUCAAAAUUACCAAUGAGCCACCUAUGGGCAUGCACGCCAACCUGCACAAAGCCCUGGACAACUUCAAUCAGGAUACCCUGGAGAUGUGUGCCCGAGAGAACGAGUUCAAAAGCAUUCUCUUCGCCCUGUGUUACUUCCACGCGGUGGUGGCAGAAAGGAGAAAGUUUGGCCCUCAGGGCUGGAACAGGAGUUACCCAUUCAACACAGGAGACCUGACGAUCUCAGUCAGUGUGCUUUACAACUAUCUGGAGGCCAACAGCAAGGUGCCCUAUGAUGAUUUGCGCUAUCUCUUUGGAGAGAUCAUGUACGGGGGUCACAUCACAGAUGACUGGGACCGCAGGCUUUGUCGUACAUAUUUGGAAGAGUUCAUCAAGUCGGAGAUGAUGGAGGGAGAAUUGUACCUGGCCCCUGGCUUCCCCGUGCCUGGAAACAUGGAUUACAAUGGCUAUCAUCAGUACAUAGACGAUACCCUUCCGGCAGAAUCGCCAUACCUGUAUGGCCUUCAUCCGAAUGCAGAAAUCGGCUUCCUCACGCAGACAUCAGAGAAGCUCUUCCGCACCGUGCUAGAGAUGCAGCCCAGAGAUGGAGGCUCCGGAGAAGGCACGGGCAGCUCACGUGAUGAUAAGGUGAAAGCAGUGCUUGAUGAGAUUCUUGAGAAACUUCCAGAAGAGUUUAAUUUGACAGAGCUGAUGGGAAAGGUGGAGGAGAGGACCCCAUAUAUUGUUGUGGCGUUCCAGGAGUGCGAGCGCAUGAAUAUCCUGACACAAGAGAUCAAACGCUCUCUAAAAGAGCUCAGUCUGGGCUUAAAGGGUGAGCUCACAAUGACCAAUGACAUGGAGAAUUUACAAAACGGCAUCUACCUGGACCAAGUGCCUGACUCCUGGACUAAACGUGCAUAUCCCUCCAUGUCGGGUUUGGUCCUGUGGUUUACAGACCUCCUCAACCGCAUUAAAGAGCUAGAAACCUGGACCACUGACUUUACCCUGCCCUCCGCUGUUUGGCUGGCUGGCUUCUUCAACCCCCAGUCCUUCCUCACAGCUAUCAUGCAGUCCAUGGCCCGCCGCAAUGAGUGGCCCCUGGACAAGAUGUGCCUGCAGUGUGAUGUCACCAAGAAGAACCGUGAGGAGUUUAGCUCCCCACCAAGGGAGGGCGCUUACAUCCACGGGCUGUUCAUGGAGGGAGCACGAUGGGAUACACAGGCUGGAAUAGUGUCAGAUGCCCGUCUGAAAGAGCUCACACCCACCAUGCCUGUGAUAUUCAUUAAAGCCAUUCCUGUAGACAAACAAGAGACACGGAAUGUAUACCAGUGUCCCGUCUAUAAGACCAGACAGCGUGGACCUACUUAUGUAUGGACAUUCAACCUGAAGACCAAAGAUAAUCCAUCCAAAUGGACCCUAGCUGGAGUAGCACUCCUCCUCCAAAUAUAGAGAACACCUACCUUUAAGAUUACAAAAUAAAAUCUAUAUUUGCUACUAAUAAUACCAAAACAUGCACAAUUUUAAGACACAUAUGUUAUCUAAUGCACCUUUUUCAGAAAUUAGUUUGAAAAAUUUUUAUCAAAAUAUUUGUAUGAUUAUUAAAAGCCAGUUUUAAUUCAAAUGGUUGCACAAUUUGUGCCAUGCCAUUUUAUUAAAAGCACUUUG